AUGUCGUCUAGAGAACAGCUUCCAAUUUGGAGGUUCAAGGAUGACUUGAUUCAAGCAUUCUCAACCUACCAGUUGAUGGUGAUUGUAGGUGAUACUGGAUCUGGUAAAACGACUCAAGUACCUCCUCUUAUACUCGAAAAUAUCCCCGAAGUCAAGACUAUAGCUGUAACUCAGCCAAGACGAAUAGCUGCCAUCUCUGCUGCUCGACGUGUCGCCGACGAAAUGAGGAUUCCUCUAGGCACCAAAGUUGGAUAUGCGAUCAGAUUCGAACGUAAAGCAGCUGCCAACACAGCAAUCACGUAUAUGACUGACGGUCUGUUGCUACGUGAGGCAGCUUCUGAUCCUUUGAUGAGUAAAUAUGAUUGUGUGAUUUGCGAUGAAGCCCACGAAAGGAGUCUCGAAACUGACGUGCUAUUUGGAUUGCUUAAGACUGCUGUGGUAAAGAGACCAACCCUGAGAGUAUAUGUCAUGUCUGCAACUUUAGAUGUAGAGAAGUUCUCUGACUUUUUUGGAAAAUGUCCGAUUUUUUCCAUCCCUGGGCGAAUGUUUGAUGUCGACAUAUUCUAUCUAAAAAAGAUGAAGCUCGCUGCACUAAAAUCAACGUACAUACAACGAUCAGUCGAUACAGUAUUGCACGUACACAAGAAUGAAGAGCCUGGUGAUGUUUUGGUAUUCUUAACGGGCCAAAAUGAGAUUGAUCAAGCCAUGAGACGGCUAGAAGACGAACUCGAUGAGUUGCAUUCUGCUGACAUCAAGUAUGGAAAUUUAUUACGCAAAGUCGUGGCAUAUCCGAUAUACUCAGCAUUAGAGACAAUCGAACAACGUGCUAUAUUUGAUCCACCGCCCAGAGACACUCGCAAAGUCAUCUUUUCAACCAACAUCGCUCAGACUUCAAUAACAAUCCCUGGCAUACGUUAUGUCGUCGAUUCUGGAUUUGUAAAGCAAAAGAUGUAUGAUCCAUCAACAGGAAUGGAUGCUUUACUUGUGGUGCCGGUGUCCCAAGCAUCUGCUACUCAACGAGCUGGUAGAGCUGGCCGGACAGACGUUGGAAAAGUAUAUCGUUUAUACAGCCGAGACACUUUCGAUGAAAUGGACGUGGAUACUAUGCCAGAAAUUCAACGUAGCAGUCUAAUUGGAACUGUCUUGACAUUGAAACAAUUGGGUAUUGAUGACAUACUUGGCUUCGAAUUCAUUGAUCCACCAGAUCCGAAUCUAGUCCUUGCUGCGUUACGACAGCUCUACCUGUUAGAGGCUCUGGAUGAAGAUGGCCGUAUAACCGAGUUAGGCCAUAUGUUGCAUGCUAUCCCGGUCUCGCCGCACUUGGGCCGCUUUCUCAUCGCUGCAGCUCGAGACCACGGCUGUUCCAAAGAAGCCCUUGUAAUAGCGUCGAUGCUCUCAGUAGAAGAAGUCUUUGUAAAUCCACGUGGUCAAAAGAAGCAAGCUAAAGCUGAUGAGGCUCGUCGAGACUUUCACCACUCCAGUGGAGAUCAUUUGACUCUAUAUCAGCUAUAUGAAGCAUAUCGUAAUGCAGAAGGUGAUGUUCGAGAAUGGUGUCGAGACCAUUUCGUGCAUCAUAGAGCUAUGAGGGCUGCCGAGAAUGUGUAUGAACAAUUAGUCGAUUCGAUGGAGAAGCUUGGUCUGCCUAUCGUAUCAUGCCAGGAUAAGGAGCGUAAACGAGCUAAAUCAGAGUCUGGGAAUAUCGCCACAUUUGAUGUAUCUCCCAUCCUGAAAUCAUUAUGUAAAGCAUAUUAUCCCAAUGCAGCCAAAAAGCAUGCCACACGAAACUGUUUCCUCAAUUACGCAUCCUCUCACGGAAUAACAAAUCAGGACUCGGGUAUGACUCAAUUAGUAGCCCUCUUCGUAUCCCCUACAUCAGCACUAGCUGCUUCCGUAGAAUCAGGUCGUGGUCGAAUUGAGUGGGUUGUAUAUCAGGACAUUCAGUAUUCGGGAAGGGCAAACAUGAGAAUCGCUUCUGCUAUGCGACCUGAAUGGAUUCAGGCCGACUUACCACGACUACGGUCGCUAGAUGAUAGCCGACUUGCCGCUGAACGACAUCUAAUUGAAAAGGUAUUGGAAACGGUAUUACCGACUGAUGCUGCUGAUGAGACUGGUGAUGAGGGAUUAGCACGUGGAGAAGAACCUGAAGGUCGAUCAGGAGAAGUUGGUGAUGAAGCAAAACCACCACAUCACGAGUUACUUGUAUCAAAGGACUCGUUUGAAGUUGUGCGUGAACAGAUUGAUGAAGCUCAUCAUGCUGAACGUGUUGCAACAGGGAGUGGUAACAGUAAUGUUGGUGAGGCGAAGCAGCCACACGCAGAGGUUGUAAAUAGUAAGGCAGAGGAGGAACGUGAUAAGAAGGCGGCAGAAGCUAAAGCGAGAUUUCUCUCGCGAAAAAAGAGGCAGAUGUCGCGAUAUAGAUAG